AGCAAACAGUUUAUUUUUAAUACUCCGACUGUGUCGCCGAUGUCGAUCAAGUCGGGCCUGUUCAACUAUGACGCCGUUACUCGGGAGUGUCCGGUCGGGUUUACAAAGGUCACCGAAGGCACCACCGCCGUACUGGAGCCGCCGCCGAAGGAGAAGGCGCCAACGCAGCCCACUAAACAACAGCAGCAGCAGCAGCAGCCCCCACGCAAGCGACCCGACCACGGUGACGAGGAAGACGCAAAUGAUGACGCGACGCAACAAGUCGAUCAGGCCGUCUUCUACAACCCUGCCCAGGUCGUGAAUCGUGACCUCAGCAUCAGCGCCAUUGAGCUGUUCUCGCGCCUGCGGCUGACCGAGCCGCGUCGUCGCGGCGGUACGACGGAGGGCAUCACCAUCUUAGAGGCUCUCAGCGCGACGGGUCUGCGGGCCAUCCGUUACUUUAAAGAAAUCACGAAUGUGCGCUACAUCAUCGCAAAUGACAUGGACGCCGACGCGGUGGACUGCAUUGGGCGCAACUGCGCCUACAACGGCGUGCCGGUGCAGUACCCGACCACGCAGGAGAACAUGCCGGCCUCGGCGAUUGAGGUGUACACGGAGGGUGCAGUGCAUGCAGCCGCCCCGUCGCUGCCGUUGACCUCGUCCUCCGCGUCGCCUACGCCGCGUGUGGGCGUGAAGUCCGGUGGCGCUAUUCUGCCGAACCUGGACGACGCGAACGAUCUCAUGUUUCGCCUCGCGAUGAACCCCAACGUCCGCCCUGGUCAGCGAGUCUGUCUGCUGGAUGUCGCGGCGGAGGACAGGGGCGGCGCGAACACACCGCCGCUGCCGCGUCCCCUUCUGCAGCAGGAGCUGAUGGACGUGGUGGACCUCGACCCGUACGGCUCCGCCUCCCCUUUCCUCGAAGGUGCGUUUCGCUGCAUCAAAGAGGGCGGUCUGAUGCUGGUGACGAGCACCGACAGCGCUAUUCUGUGCGGCAACUUCGCUGACACGGCGCACGCCAAGUACAGCUCGCUGCCUUACAAGGCCGGACACUGCCACGAGGCGGCGGUGCGCACGCUUCUUGCCUGUAUCGAGCGGGUGGCGAACAAGCACAAGAAGUACAUCGUCCCACUCGUCUCGCUGCACAUCGACUUCUACGUGCGCUGCUUCUUUCGCGUCUACACCCAGCCGGCGGAGGUGAAGCUGAGUGUGUGCAAGUUGGGUUAUCAGCUGCAGUGUGCGAGCUGCCCCGCGUUCUGGGUGCGGCCGAUGGCGACGGUGCGGCAGCCGCGGCCCUCGAAGCAGGACCGGCGUCGACAGAAGCGCGAGCACAACGAUCGGCAGCGGCAGGCGCGUGAAGGCUGCCGCGACACCAACACGACGGCGGAUCAAACGGAUAGGAAUGUCGCGACAGUACACAACGUGCAUGACGGUAACGAUGAUCAUGAGGAUGAGGAUCAUGCGAAGGGCACGGAGCGGCCAUCGCAACAUGGUAAGGAGGUGUAUCCACCAAGUCCGAGCCGGCAGUCAAGCCCGAAGCUGACCCCGCUCACGCUACAACAACUACCGCCCACACAUCCCGCUGCGUCCUCCUCCCCCUCCUCCUCUUCUCCGUCGUUGCCCGGUGCAUCGUUCAACACCUGCCCGGUGUGCGGCGGCAACAUCAUCCUGUCCGGCCCCCUCUACGCUGCACCGACGCAGAACCGCGAGUUUCUCGAGCAGCUGCUCGACCUUUUUAAAGAGCGCGCCGCCGAGGGCCGCCUCAACGCCGAAGCACGCAUCACCGGACUCGUGCGCACGGCGCUGGAUGAACUGCCGGACUGCCCGCUCUUCUACCAAUUACCGGACGUCGCCUCCUACGCGCGGGUGCGCUGCCCGCCCACCCCUGACGUCGUCGGCGCCCUCGCACGCCUCGGCUACCGCUGCAGUCAGGUGCACUGCGCAGCUACCGGGUUAAAGACGGACUGCCCGCCGGAGAUGCUGUUCCGCGUGAUGUUGCAGUGGAAGGUCCUUCAGGAUGCCCUGGAUGGGGAGGGCCACGCAGCAACACUGGAGGAGCCGGCAGCGCCCUCUUCCUCUUCCCCAUCCCUCUCUGCUGGUGCUGCGCGACCGCUUCGUGUUACGCCGCUCGCGGAGGCGGACUUUACGUACGACAAGGCCUACGACUUUCGCGGUCGAGUGAUUGGCGUGGCCAAAUUUGUGCCGAAUGCGCCGGGCUGGGGACCCCGUCGUCGUCACCAGGGUGCGGCGCCGCAGAAGACGAAGGAGGAGUGUGAGGAAGAGGUGGAAGUGGAGGGGCGGGGGACGGAGGGCGAUGAUGACGCAGUGAGUGCGUAG